AUGCCCACGCGUGACACCCCCACACUCACCCAGCGGGGCUGCAGCCUUGCCAGGCGCCCCUCUGGAUUUCAAGAGACCCUAAGGGGGUGGCUGCAGCCCUGGCAGCUGUGGGGAGGCUAAAUGAGGGAGGGGAGCGGGGGGCGAUCCCCCUCCCCAAUUUCCCUCCCUGCGCUGCCUGCCGUGCCCGGUCCCAGACCCGGACACUGCCCGGAACAAAGAUGGCGCCGCCACCUUCCGGACGAGACCGGGCACUGCCAGGCGGAAAGGUGACUGCGUCCAAUUGACGAGCGCAGCGUGCCCUUAACAAAGAUGGCGGCGACAGCAUCGCGCCGGGCCGGGACAGUCGCCCGGCACGCAUGCGCAGUGGGGAGCGGCGGCGCCGUGCCCGGGCAGGGGCCAGGCUGAAGAUGGCAGAGGGGGGCUCGGGCGAUGCCAGCUCGGGGGGCAGCCUUCGGCCGGGGCUCCCUGCGGCACGGGGGCUGCUCGGGAGGCGUCCUGCUGCCCCCUCCCUCAGCCCCGGGCGCCUGCCCUCCAUCCGCUCCCGAGACCUCACCCUGGGGGGGGUCAAGAAGAAAACCUUCACCCCCAACAUCAUCAGCAGGAAGAUCAAGGAAGAGCCCAGGGAGGAUGUGGCCAUCAAGAAGGAGAAGAAGGAGCGGGACCGGGACCGGCAGCGGGACGGGCACGGCCGCGGCAGGGGGCGCCCGGAGGUGAUCCAGUCCCACUCCAUCUUCGAGCAGGGACCUGCUGAAAUGAUGAAGAAAAAAGCAGGCUCAUGGGACAAGACUGUGGACGUGGCAGACUUUGGUCCUUCCCACAUCAUCAACAUCAAGAAGGAGAAGAGGGAGACAGAUGAGGAGACGAAGCAGAUCCUGAGGAUGCUGCAGAAGGAUGAUUUCCUCGAUGACCCAGGGCUGAAGAACGACAUCAGGAACAAGCCUGUGCAGCUGCCCCUGGCACACUCGGGUUGGCUCUUCAAGGAGGAAGGGGCAGAGCAGGAGGACACCAAACCCUGGCUGCCUGGUCCCAAGGAGGAGAAGAUGGAGCUGGACCCACCAGCAGUGCAAGUGAAAGAAGAGCCUUGCGACGAGGAACCUCUGCCCAAGGCUGAGCCCAGCAGGGGACCUCCUGACUUCCCACGGGACGUCCCCGUGGCCGAGCUGCUGCAGAGGCUGAGCCUGUCAGCUGAGGAGGAGGAGCUGCUCUUCCUCCAGCUGCCCGACACACUGCCCGGCCAGCCGCCCACCCACGACACCAAGCCCAUCAAGACAGAGCUGCAGAACGAGGAGGGCCAAGUGAUGGUGGUGAAGCAGGAGAAGAGCCAGGAGGCGAGGCAGGCGGAGAACACCUGCACCCUGGCAGACCUCCCCGAGGGGCAGGUGGGGAAGCUGCUGAUCAGAAAGUCAGGAAAGGUGCAGCUGGUGCUGGGCAAGGUCACUCUGGACGUGACCAUGGGGACCCCCUGCUCCUUCUUACAGGAGCUGGUGUCGGUUGGCAUCGGGGACAGCCGCACGGGCGAGAUGAUGGUCCUGGGCCACGUGAGGCACAAACUGGUCUGCUCCCCGGACUUCGAGGCGCUGCUGGAGCACCGCCACCGGUAGCCACGGGGGCAGCCAGGGGCAGUGCCAGCCCCGCAGCCCGUGUGGGGACCCUGCAGCACCCUGGCUCUGCCCCCCCCCCCCCGCCACCUGCCAGCCAUGCCCUGGGGACGUGGAGAGCUGUCUGCUGCCGGCGUGGGCACAGCUAUGGCUCCUGCCUCCUUCCCAGCCCUGCAGUGGGGCAGAACUGAGGCUGGGGGCUCUGGUUCUGCUCCCCACCCUGUGUGUGAGGCAGGGGCUGCAGCUGCCUGCAUCUCACUGAUUCCUGGACGUGUGGGACUGUGGUGUCCCCCCCCCAGCUCUCCAGCAGCUCUGGGGAGCAGGACACACCUCUGGGGAUAAAUGUGGAAUAAAAUCCUCUUUUCUUUGUCCCCUUCUCCA